ACCCUCCAUGAGCCGCGCAGCCUGCUGGGACUCUUCAACCGAACCUUUUACGCGGUCACUACCUCCCCUCAUAUUGACCUUUUUACCCUUACCAUGUAAAAAAGAGGCGCACCGAGCAAAGCGAAAAUGAAGAUUGUGGAUAAGCCAUCAACAAGUCCUUUCAACUUUUUCCGCACUUUGUGACUCCCCGGAGCCACCUGCGCGCGCAGAAUGAGGCGCACCUUUCGUUUUUAGACCCCGAGGUUGUUGACAAGUCUGCUCACCUGUUUUGUUUUGGUUCUUUGGCGGCGAUGGGCUCCCUCAUUAGGACCCCGGCCACUCUGCCCGCUUGGAAAACCACGUUUUUACUUUUAAACAUCAUCUCAGCCGCCUGGACCAAAAGGCACGCGGUGUUUUGGAACUCCACCAACAACAGGUUGACAACAGGGGCACUGUCCAUCCAGGUGAGCCUGAACGACUACCUGGACUUCUACUGCCCGCACUAUCCCACCAAGCAGUCCCUGGGCGCCAAGGAGCCAGAGACCCUGGCCCUCUACCUGACCGAGGAGGCGUCUUUCCAGGGCUGCGUGGAGAACAAGGUGGCCAUCAAGCGGUGGGAAUGCAACACCCCCGACGCCCCUUUUGGACCUGUGCGCUUCUCGGAGAAAGUCCAAAGAUUCACCCCCUUCUCUCUGGGAUUUGAGUUUUUGCCAGGACACCACUACUAUUAUAGCUCUCUCCCCACAGAUGAAGGGCCUCCACUGCCGUGUAUGAAGCUGCGUGUCACCGUGUGCUGCGAGAGCGCAUCCACAGGCUCCAAGCAAAAACAUGUGACCAAGCCCUUCAAUCGCGUUUGCCCGUCGAGGACGCCGUCGCUUCCCUUCCUCCUCCUCGCCCUCCUGCUGACCACCUGACCUGCUCGCACCCGGUCACCGGCGAGACGACGCUCCGAUUGAAAAAGAAAAAAAAGGACAGCGAGAGACGAUCCACGCGGUCCCGAUGCGUGCCGAGAUCGUGCCGACGGGCGUAUCGCACAUCGCCUUCACUCAGGGCCAAGCAAGAGAAUCCAUCCCAUUAGGAUCAUUGAUAUCACUAAUCAUCGCAUAGUAUCAUACUCGACACUUCAUUUUUGUACAGUCAACAAAAACACGAUAUCAUCCCCACUGACUUUUGAUAUCGAUACUAUGGAUAUUUGUAUCACCCAGCCCUCUUUUACAGGACUCUAACCCUACUAGGUUAGUGGGUAUUGUGCAGCAUCAAUACAGCUACGCCCCCUGCUGGGUUCUAACUGGUUCUACUGGAAUGGCACCGGUUUGGUCCCUCCAAUAGGUCUUUUGUAUUAAUAAUAACAAAGACGAUAAUAAUAUGCUUUGUCCUCCGAUCAGAGAGGACAUAAUCCCCCCUGUGCUGCCCGCCAGGGGGGAUUGUGGGUAAACUGAACAGUCAUCUAUUGUCUUCACUGCGUUAGUUAACAAGCGCUGCCAAAAUAUGCUUAAUAAUAAGUGUUUCAUUGUUUUAGUAACAACUUUCCCUUCGAAAUGUGGCUUCUCACACUACUUGUGUUUAUACAUCCAUGUAAACACAAACAGGUGCAUCUCAGGAAAUGAGAAUAUGGAGCAAAGGUCAUUUGAAUUCAGACUAUGAGGCCAACCAAUGUUUUUGCAGGCUUUAUAUCAUUCAACUGUUUUUUUUAGUAAAUUCAUGAGAAAAAAAAUUACAAUUUUUUUUUUUUUUUACAAUAAAGCAAAAAUAAAGAGUUUACCAAAUUUUAGGUUUGCACUAACCGAAGUUUCAUAAAAUUAAAGAAAUAAAAUCCAACUAUGAAAUAAGUAGCAGUCAACAUUUCAUUUAAUUGCAUGAAUUGCGGCAUCUUUCAACCAGCACUGUAUAUUAGGCAAUGGGGGGGGGAAAAUACAUAUAAAAAAUAAUAUUGCGGUGAAAAAAAUUUGUAUAUUUUCUUAAAUAACUAACUGUAAAAAUCUGUACAAAAACAUUGUAAUCCAUCUAAGUAAAGCUUUUAAAAGCAUGGAUUAUAGUGUCUAAACUAUUGAGUGCUACUGUAUGUAUGAAGUAAUGAUAUUAGGGAGAAUAUCCUAGCUGUAUUAAAUUUAUUUCGACAAUCUAGUCCAGGGAGGAAAAUCAGUGACUAUUAAAAUCAAGGCAUUAAGAGGAAAAAAUAAAGCCAACUUCAGAUUGCUUUCUUGGUCUUUUUUUGGCCAAAAAUAGAACACACACAUUCUGAAAAUAUUACAAUAAAAAUAUAGAAAAAAUUACCGGCAGGGGUAAAGUUUAGAUCCAUGAAGGAAUGAAGAAAGUGGAUGAAUGUUUAUAGCUGAAUAAAAUAAAUUAAUAACAAUUAUUUUUCUUUUGUAUAAUUUUUUUUUUUGUGAAUUAAGUAAUGUUUAUGACAACUUUUUUUCCAAAUACUAUAUGGAAGGUGAGAUAUAACAGGAUAAUGCAUCCAUUUAUCAUUUGUUUUCAAAACGCUUACAAAAAGAGGGACCCCAAAAAUGUACCGCGGGACCCCAUUUGUAUGACUUGACGGGGUCCCUGGGACCCCAUUUUGAAAAUUAGAAAAUUCCUAGUGCCAACACUGAUGAAAAAUUGGUGCUUGCAAAACAGCAGCAGGUGGCUGUGGCCUGCGGGCCGGUAGUAAUACUAAUCAAAUAUCCAGAGAUAAUUAAUUCAUUGGUUAAUUUCCAGAAAAAAAUAUUUUGUGGAAAAAAUAUUGUAAAAAAACACAAAUGUGUAAAACUGCCCAAUACUUUGUAUUGUUAAGACAACUUUGCCUUCAUACAUGAUUUUGACAACAAAUAGUAAUAACAAAUAACUUUUUUUUUAAACGAUAUAUUCUAAUUUAUUGAGAUGCACCUCAUUACAUAUUGUAGAUAUUCACACCUCAUGUGCCACAAUGUAGUUUUGCAAGCUAAAUUCAUUAUUCUGGGUGAUUUUUGUACUUUUAGUCACUUGAAGCAAUACAUUAAAUGAAAAUGUACAUCUUAAUAAUCAUGUGCAUAAAAUGUACCCUAUUAAAUAAUUAAAAGAAUAUAUAUUUUUGAAAACUGAUGAUUUACUUGUAACGUUUAACUGCUUUAAGUCUAUUUCCGUAAAACUACAUUGUUGGCACUCGGGUUACUUUAAGUAAUUAUUAUUGCCACUUUUUUUUUUACUUGUAUUCUGGGUGCUAUCAUUUCUUUCGUCUUUUUUUUUUUGUAAAGUAAUUUCCGUCCCCCAUAAUGUUUAGUUAUUUGUGUUUAUGUGUGUAAUGUUUUGUCAGCGUUCACAUCAUAGUGAAGAAUGUAGCUUCUUCUGUGAAGAGACAACUGCAAUCUGAGCCUUUUCUUUUUUUAACAUUGUAAUACAAAAAUAAAAUGUGGUUGCGUUGAGGAAA